GAGGGCCGGGUCACGUGACGGGGUUUAAAUCUCCCGCAGCCGGAGCCGCGGGGGCGCCAGUGCCGCGAGUCGAGCGGGAGCAGAGGAGGCGACGGAGGUGGGCCAGAGAGGCAGUUUGGAAGAUGGCGGACGAGGCGGCGCUCGCCCUUCAGUCCGGCGGCUCCCCCUCGGCUGUUGCGGCCGAGAGGGGGGCCGCGUCGCCCCCCGCCGGGGAGCCGCUCCGCAAGAGGCCGCGGAGAGACGGCCCCGGCCUCGGGCGGAGCCCGGGCGAGCCUGGUGGGGCGGCCCCCGAGCAUGAGGUGCCGGCGGCGGCCGGGAGCUGCCCGGCAGCGGCGGUGGCGGGCGGGGAGCGGGAGGCCCAGGCGGCGGCGGCGGCCAGAGGAGACAAUGGGCCGGGCCUACAGGGCCUAUCCCGGGAGCCGCCACCGGCCGACGACUUCGACGACGACGACGACGACGACGACGAAGGCGAGGAGGAGGAAGAGGCGGCGGCGGCGGCGAUUGGGUACCGAGAUGAUCUUCUGUUUGGUGAUGAAAUAAUCACCAACGGUUUUCAUUCUUGUGAAAGUGAUGAGGAUGAUAGAGCCUCACAUGCAAGCUCUAGUGACUGGACUCCAAGGCCGCGGAUAGGUCCAUAUACUUUUGUUCAGCAACAUCUCAUGAUUGGCACAGAUCCUCGAACGAUUCUUAAAGAUUUACUACCAGAGACAAUUCCUCCACCUGAAUUGGAUGAUAUGACACUGUGGCAGAUUGUUAUUAAUAUCCUUUCAGAACCACCAAAAAGGAAAAAAAGAAAAGAUAUUAAUACAAUUGAAGAUGCUGUGAAAUUACUGCAAGAGUGCAAGAAAAUAAUAGUUCUAACCGGAGCUGGGGUUUCUGUUUCUUGUGGAAUACCUGACUUCAGGUCAAGAGACGGUAUUUAUGCUCGCCUUGCAGUAGACUUCCCAGACCUUCCAGAUCCUCAAGCAAUGUUUGAUAUUGAAUAUUUCAGAAAAGAUCCAAGACCAUUCUUCAAGUUUGCAAAGGAAAUAUAUCCUGGACAAUUCCAACCAUCUCUCUGUCACAAAUUCAUAGCCUUGUCAGAUAAGGAAGGAAAACUACUUCGCAACUAUACUCAGAACAUAGAUACACUGGAACAGGUUGCAGGCAUCCAAAGGAUAAUUCAAUGUCAUGGUUCCUUUGCAACAGCGUCUUGCCUGAUUUGUAAAUACAAAGUUGACUGUGAAGCUGUACGAGGAGAUAUUUUUAAUCAGGUGGUUCCUCGAUGUCCUAGGUGCCCAGCUGAUGAACCACUUGCUAUCAUGAAACCAGAGAUUGUAUUUUUUGGUGAAAAUUUACCAGAACAGUUUCAUAGAGCCAUGAAGUAUGACAAAGAUGAAGUUGAUCUCCUCAUUGUUAUUGGGUCUUCCCUGAAAGUAAGACCGGUAGCACUAAUUCCAAGUUCCAUACCCCAUGAAGUGCCUCAGAUAUUAAUUAAUAGGGAACCUUUGCCUCAUCUGCAUUUUGAUGUAGAGCUUCUUGGAGACUGUGAUGUCAUAAUUAAUGAAUUGUGUCAUAGAUUAGGUGGUGAAUAUGCCAAACUUUGCUGCAACCCUGUAAAGCUUUCAGAAAUUACUGAAAAACCUCCACGAACACAAAGAGAGUUGGCUCAUUUGUCAGAGUUGCCACCCACACCUCUUAAUAUUUCAGAAGACUCAAGUUCACCAGAAAGAACUUCACCACCAGAUUCUUCAGUGAUUGUCACACUUUUAGACCAAGCAACAAAGAGUAAUGUUGAUGAUCCAGAUGUGUCCAAAUCAAAAGAUUGUGUAGAAGAAAAACCACAGGAAGUACAGACAUCUACUAGGAGCAUUGAAAGUGUUACUGAACAGUUGGAAAGUCCGGAUUUGAAGAAUGUUGGCUCCGAUACUGGGGAGAAAAAUGAAAGAAGUUUAGUUGCUGAAACAGUGAGAAAGUGCUGGCCAGCUAGACUGGCAAAGGAGCAGAUUAGUAAACGGCUUGAUGGUAAUCAGUAUCUGUUUUUACCACCAAAUCGUUAUAUUUUCCAUGGCGCUGAGGUAUAUUCAGACUCUGAAGAAGACAUCUUAUCCUCGAGCUCUUGUGGCAGUAAUAGUGAUAGUGGAACGUGCCAGAGUCCAAGUUUAGAAGAACCCAUGGAGGAUGAAAGUGAGAUUGAAGAAUUUUACAAUGGUUUGGAAGAUGAUGCUGAUGUUAAUGAGAGAGCUGGAGGAACUGGAUUUGGAGCUGAUGGAAGUGAUCAAGAGGCAGUUAAUGAAGCUAUAUCCGUGAAACAGGAAGCAACGGACAUUAACUAUUCAUCAAACAAAUCAUAAUGUAAUAAUUGUCCAGGUACAGGAAUUGUUCCACCAGCAUUAGGAACUUUUAGCAUGUCAAAAUGAAUGUUUACUUGUGAACUCAACAGAGCAAGGAAACCAGAAAGGUGUAAUAUUUAUAGACUGGUAAAAUAGAUUGUUUUUUCAUGUGUAAUUUUUAACUUCCUUAUUGCUGUACUUGUACACUCAACACUAACUCUUUUUUUAAAAGAAAGGUACUAAGUAUCUUAAAUCAGCUGUUGGUCAAGACUUUCUUUUAAAGGUUCAUUUGUAUGAUACAUCCAUAUGUAUAUAUAAUUUUGUUUUUGCCUAGUGAAGUUUCAACAUUUUAAAGUUUUCAAAAAGCCAUUGGAAUGUUAAAUUAAUGUAAAGGGAACAGCUUAUCUAGACCAAAGAAUGGUAUUUUCACACUUUUCUUUGUAACAUUGAAUGGUUUGAAAUCCUCAAAUCUCUGUUCUGCUGAACUUUUGAUUCUUUAUUAGCACAAUUACCUAUUUUUAAACACUGGCAUUUUCCAAAACUUGUGGCAGCUAACUUUUUAAAAAAUUUCAUGACAUGCAAUGUGAGUAGAAGGAAGUCAGCAAUAUGUGGGAGAGCACUCAGUUGUCUUUGCUUUUUAAAGUAAGACGUGGUGCUAAGGGUAUCAGGAACAUUGUAUUGUUCAAAUGAAGAUGGCUUUUGUACUUCCUGUGGACAUGUAGUAAUGUCUAUAUUGGCUCAUAAAAGUAACCUGAAAAACAAAUAAAUGCUUUGGAAAUGUUUCAGUUGCUUUAGAAACAAUAGUGCCUGUCUGGGUCCCCUUAAUCUUGAGAAUAUUUGCCAUUGUUGUUUAAAUACCUAUCAAUCAAUCACUGUGGUAGAGCUUGCAUUGAUCCUUUUCCACAAGUAUUAAACUGCCAAGGUGUGAAUAUGCAAAGCCUUUAUGAAUCUAUAAUAAUGGUACUUCAACUGGGGAGAGAGUAAUGUUUUGGACUGCUGCUUUUCUCUUCCAUUAAUGAGAGCAACAGGUCUCUGAUUACAGUUCCAAAGUAAUAAGAUGUCAAUUAUAACUCAGCCAGUAAGUACAUGUCUCCUGUUGGGAGGAUUUGAUGUAAUAAACACCAAACUGCUAGCCUAGUAUUACAGAGAUGAACAUGAUGUAGCUUGUAAUAGAAUAGUUAAUGAAUGAAACUAGUUUCUGUAACGUGUCUUUAUUUAAAAGCUUAGCCUGCCUUAAAACUAGAGAUCAACUUUCUCAGCUGCAGGAGCUUCUAGCCUUUCAAAGAAGUUCAUAUAAAAUUGCACAGUAAGCAUUUCUUUUCCACACCUUUUCCCAACAUUACUCCCAAAUUAUUCCUAUGUUGUUUUAGUAUUUACUACAAUAAAAAAAGUUUGACAUAUAGCUGUUCUUUAAGGAUAAAAUACCCAGCUAAGACCAUUACUGCCAGAGAAAAAAAUUUUACUGAAUGGGCAUUUCUCUACCUAAAAGAUGUCUCAAUCUGAAUUUAUUUGGCUACACUAAAGAAUGCAGUAUAUUUAGUUCACCAUUUGCAUGAUGUGUGUUUGUGCUAUAGAUGAUAUUUUAAAUUGAAAAAUUUGUUUUAAAUUAUUUUUACAGUGAAGACUUUUCAGCUCUUUUUAUAUUGUACAUAGUCUUUUAUGUAAUCUUACUGGCAUAUGUUUUGUAGACUGUUAAUGACUGGAUAUCUUCCUCCAACUUUUGAAAUACAAAACCAGUGUUUUAUACUUGUACACUGUUUUCAAGUCUAUUAAAAUUGUCAUUUGACUUUUUUCUGUUAACUUA